UCCUGAAACGACAACAAACUAAUCUUCGCUGUUACAUCCGAUAGAUACCUGUUUUUUUGUCAUUCUAAUGAGCGUUUUGUUGCACAACCUCAGCAGGGAGAGAGAAAUGGAAAAUGUGCAUCUGGCUGUGGAGGAGGAGGAUAUUUAUUCGGGUUACAACGACUAUAAUCCAACAUUUGACUCCGAAGAGUUGGAGAAUGAUGUGGGAUUUCAACAAGCAGUAAGGACAAGUCAUGGAAGGAGACCUCCUAUGACUGCUAAAUUUCCUGGCACUGCCAUUGGAGCUCGACCGUUAGCUACUGCAUUUGGAGCUCGGAUCCCUUUGGCCUCUUCAAUGGGCCGACCUAUGACUGGAGCUGUGCAGGAUGGAGCAGCCCGACCAAUGACUGCAGUCAGAGCAGCCGGUUACACCUCCUCCCUGACCCGUGGCUCAGCCUUUGACCCUCUGGGCCAGUCCAAAGGCCCUGCUCCUCCACUUGAAGGAAAGAAUGAGGACACGCCUGAGGAGAAGAUCAAGAUCCUGGAGAAGAAAGUGAACGACCUGAUAGAAGAGAGCUGUAUGGCACAGAGCAUUGGAGCCUUACAACUGGCACUUGAAAAAGCCAAAGAGGCGGGGAGGAAGGAGAGAGCUCUGGUGAGACAGAGGGAACAAUCUGGCAAUGCUGAACACAUCAAUCUGGACCUCACCUACUCUGUUUUGCUGAACCUUGCCAACCAGUACGCGAACAAUGAAAUGUAUCCAGAGGCUCUGAACAGCUACCAGGUCAUCGUGAAGAACAAGAUGUUUAGUAACGCAGGACGCCUGAAAGUCAAUAUGGCCAACAUCUACGUGAAACAGAAGAGCUACCCCAAAGCCAUCAAGUUCUACCGGAUGGCUCUGGAUCAGAUCUCCAACGCUCACAAAGAACUGAGAAUCAAGAUCAUGCAGGAUAUCGGCGUGGUUUUUGUCCGCAUGGGCCAAUAUUCAGACGCCAUCACUUCUUUUGAGCACAUCAUGAGCGAGAGCCCCAACAUCAAGACGGGCUUUAAUCUCAUCCUGUGUUACUACGCCAUCGGAGACAGGGAGAGGAUGAAGAAGGCCUUUCAGAAACUCAUCUCUGUUCCUCUGGGCAUCGACGAUGAAGACAAGUACAUCCCAUCUAAUGAUGACAACGACUCAAAUAUGGUCAUCGAAGCCAUAAAGAAUGACAAGCUUCACCAGAUGGAGAGAAAUCUCAAAGUCCUGGCUGAGAAGUACAUCAUGACCGCAGCUAAGCUCAUCGCUCCUGCCAUUGAAACAUCUUUUGCUACCGGAUUUGACUGGUGUGUGGACAUAGUGAAGAGUUCUCAGUAUAUCGAGCUCGCCAACGAUCUAGAGAUAAACAAAGCGAUCACGUACCUCAGACAGAAGGACUUCAACCAGGUGACUGUUUGACUCAAUAAUAAGAUAAAGAGCAAUACCACUCAAUUUACUCAACCUCACUCACCACUAUUGAGCAAAUAUU